AUGGCAGAGACUGCAGUGAACAGUGUCAUUGACAAGUUGGUUGCAUUGUUAAGGGAUGAAGGGAAUUUGUUGAUCGGCAUCCACGACGAGGUUACAAGUAUAAAAGAUAUUCUGGAGAGCAUGAUGUCUUUCUUGAAGGAUGCAGACGCACAGGCAGAAAGGGCAAACUUGAGUAGCAGUGUGAAAACUUGGGUGAUGCAAACAAGGCAGAUGGCCAGUCACAUAGAAGAUGUCAUUGAUGAUUACCUGCAUCUGGUAGCAUAUCGUGGUAACAAACGUGGACUCGGUGGUUUUCUUCGUAAGAGCACUCACCUUGUGAUGGGGCUUUUUGCGCGCCAUGAGAUAGCCUCAGAGAUUCAACGUAUCAAAAAACGGGUGCUGGAAAUUCGGGCCACAAGUGCAGCAUAUGGCUUCAAUUCAACACAACAAAUUUCAUUUAGCUCUUCAAUGAGAGAUGAUAUGAUAUUUGACCCGCGAAUGGCUUCCCUAUACACAGAGGAAGCUGAACUUGUUGGCAUUCAAACCUUGAGAGAUGAAUUGAUAGCUUGGUUGAUAGAUGGAGAGGUAGCAUCCAGACGCUCAGUCAUUUCAGUGGUUGGCAUGGGUGGUCUGGGAAAGACCACUCUUGCAAAGAAAGUCUAUGACAACCCAAGAUUCGUAGAGUGGUUUCCUUGGCGUGCUUGGAUCCCAGUGUCACAAUCAAACAAGAACGAUGACACACUUAGAGGCAUACUCACAGAACUGCACAGGACAGUGAAUAAGACUCUUCCAGAGGGAAUUAAAACAAUGGAUUGGAGACUGUUGAUUGACACUUUGCGAGGAUUUCUUAAGGAAAAGAGAUACGCAAUUGUCUUUGAUGAUGUGUGGAGUAUAAACUUUUGGGAGUGUCUAAAGCUUGCAUUACCCGAUAACAACAAUGGCAGCAGGAUAAUCAUUACAACACGGAUAAGUGAGGUUGCUGCUUCUUGCAGAGAAGCUUGUUCUGAUCAAGUUGUAGACAAAGAAAUUUUGGUGAAAUUCGUGUUUACACAAGUAUACCACCUUGAACCAUUAUCUCAAGCUCUGGCGUGGCAACUCUUCUGCAAGAAGACAUUCCAAGAUUCUGAGGGACGUUGUCCACCCGAAUUGAAGCAAUUUGCUAUUACAAUAGUUAACAAAUGUGGAGGAUUACCUCUUGCAAUUGUAGCUAUAAGUGGACUUCUAUCAACCAGAUGCGGCGAUGUGUAUCAGUGGAGAAAAUUGCAUGAUAGUCUUGGCUCAGAGCUGGAAUUUAAUCCUCAUUUGACAAAUGUUACAAAAAUUCUUUCUUUUAGCUAUCAUGAUUUACCUCCCCAACUCAAGCCUUGCUUCUUAUACUUCGGGACAUAUCCAAAUAAUUGCACCAUCAGAUGUGCUACACUGAUUCGGAAAUGGAUUGCUGAGGGGUUUAUAAAGGAGCAAAGAGACAAAACAUUGGAAGAGGUUGCAGAAGAAUACUUGACAGAGCUUAUCCAAAGAAGCCUAGUACAAGUGUCAUAUGUUGAUGAUAGAGGGAUGCGUAGAGAAUGUCAAGUCCAUGAUGUAAUGCGCGAGGCUGUGAUCCUUUUAAAGAUUGGAAAUCUAAGCUUUUCUCAAUUUUUGCAAGAAGAUUCAACAUUCAAUUCAAAUAUGAGGCACCUAUCUGUUGGUCGCAAUGCAUAUAAUGUUUUUGGUGGCAUUAAAAACUCUCGUGCCCAUUCCUUGUGUUUUUUCCAUGGCAUAGGUGGGCCAGAAAAUCCUUUCACCUGUUGUAGAAACUUGUACAAAAGAUUCAAGUUCUUGAGAUUAUUAGACUUCGAAGAUAGUCCGCUUGACAAUCUUCCUGAUGAAGUUGGAUACUUAUACCACUUGAGGUAUUUGAGUUUGAGGAAGACAAGUGUGAAGAUUCUUCCGAAAUCCAUUGGGAAGCUCGUGAACUUGGAGACUCUAGAUUUGAAGCUAUCUCUAGUGCAUGAGAUACGAAAUGAAAUCACUAAGCUUCCAAAGCUUAGAAAUUUUUUAGCAUACACUAAAAUAAACAAAAGAAAGUUUACAUGGACUGGACUUGCAAAAGCUGUGGUGAUUCAAGAGGGGAUCAAGGGUUGGGGAAACCUGCAAAAGCUACAUCUUGUGGAGGCAACAGAUAACGUAGAUAAAGAAAUUGGGAACUUGAGGCAAUUAAGAAGGUUGGGCUUGGAUAAACUUACGACGAAACAAGGGAAAGAUCUAUGUGCCUCCAUGGGAAAGUUGUCCCACUUGAAAUCAUUGGAAGUAAGAACAAUAAAUGGUGAUGAAAUUAUUGAUUUACAGUGUCUCUCCCCUCCUCCCCAACGUCUUCAAACUCUAAUUUUGGGGGGGCGACUAGAAAAGCUGCCUGAUUGGAUUGCUGGACUUGGCUUUUUAACUCAAUUACGUUUAUGUGGGUCGGGACUAGUAGGGGAUCACGGUACCUUAAAAGUCCUACAAGGUCUACCCAUGUUAUUGGACCUUAGGAUUGCUGAGGCGUUUAGUUGUGAGGAACUGCAUUUUGAUGGAGGAUUUUCGAAACUGGAGUCGCUCAUGCUGUGCACGAACCCCUUCAAAUUCAUGAGAAUUCACAAGGGAGCAUUGCCCCUUCUCAAAUCUUUGUGGAUUCAAUCUAGUCCGCAACUGCGACAGGUGCCUUCCGGCAUCUGCAACCUCAAAAAUCUAAAACGUCUAGAGUUUGUGGAUAUGCCUACGCAUUUCAUAGAUGGGAUUCAAGUUCAAGAAACAGAGCACCGUGUCGGUCCCAGAAUAUUUGUUGUGCAAAUGGAAGGUGAUAUACUCAUAACCUCCGAAGUAAUAGAAUCAGCACUUUUUCCAUAG